AUGAUAAAGAGGCAAGCGGUGGAGGCUCUUGACAAAAGCUUGAGAGAUAUAAUGGAUCGGUCGGAGCUGCCGUUUGGUGGGAAGACUGUUGUUUUCGGUGGAGAUUUCAAGCAGGUCCUCCCUGUUGUCCAGAAGGGGUCGAGAGCUCAAAUAGUCGAUGCUUCGCUGCGGAGGUCGUACCUUUGGGAUUGGAUGCGGCAUCUAAAGUUGGUGCGCAACAUGCGAGCACAGAGCGACCCAUGGUUUGCAGAUUAUCUCUUGCGCAUCGGUGGUGGAACAAAGGAGGUAAAUGGUGAUGGAGAUGUUCGUCUCCCGGACGAUAUAUGCGUGCCUUAUACUGGAGAUGGUAAGAAUCUUGAUAGAUUGAUUGAAUGCAUAUUCCCAAAGCUGAAUGAGAACAUGGCAAGCAAAGACUACAUCACUUCGAGGGCGAUUUUGUCAACACGAAAUGAGCGAGUGGAUAUGAUUAAUAUGAAGAUGAUCAGUAGUUUUCAAGGGGACGAGAUGGUUUAUCAUAGCUUCGACUCUGCAAUUGAUGAUCCACAUAACUAUUACCCCUCGGAGUUUCUUAACACCUUGACCCCAAAUGGUUUACCUCCACACAUGCUAAAGCUUAAGAUCGGCUGCCCAAUCAUAUUGCUUAGAAAUAUCGACCCUACGAAUAGACUCUGCAACGGAACGAGACUGGUGGUAUGA